AAAGGGCCAGAGAGGAGUUGCUCUAUGCAUUAGAUAACAAGUUAAUAUCAGAGGAAGAGUUUUUGUUAUUAUACAACGUGAACAAAUCUAAGAACUUAGAUUUACCAUAUCAACACUAUGCGCAUUUUCACCUGGAUGAAAUGGAGGAGGAUGAAUGUCUGGCGGAGUUCAGAGUGAGAAAGUGUGACCUUCCAGUGUUGGCAGAUGUGCUCAUGAUUCCAGACAAGUUCAUCUGUGAUCAGAGGAGUGUCGUGGGAGGGAUGGAGGGCUUAUGCAUGCUCCUAAAGAGGCUGGCAUAUCCAUGUCGGUAUAGUGAUAUGAUGGCAAGAUUUGGUCAGCGGCAAGUACCUGUCCUGAGCAUGGCCACAAAUUGUGUUCUCAAGUACAUCUAUGACAGACACCACCACCGAAUCACUCAAUGGAACCACGGCAUAUUGAACCCUGCAGCUCUACAAACAUAUGCUGAUCGGAUCCACCAGAUGGGAGCACGUCUUGAUAACUGCUUUGGGUUCAUAGAUUGCACCGUGCAACCCAUAGCCAGACCCGGGACCGAUCAGCGGACCCUGUAUAACGGCCACAAGCGUGUCCACAGCUUAAAAUUCCAGGCCACAGCACUCCCCAGUGGAUUAACUGGCAACAUCUAUGGUCCAGUAGAGGGGAGGAAACACGACUCUGGGAUGCUUGCUGAUUCCAACCUGUUAAGUGUCCUGGAGGAGCAUGCCAUUUCUCCAAGUGGUCAGCGCAUGUGUGUGUAUGGGGACCCUGCAUACCCACUGCGUGUGCACCUUCAGGCUCCAUUCCGCCAUGGCCAGCUCACGCCACAAAUGCAGGCUUUCAACAAGGCCAUGAAUGAAGUCAGGGUGUCCGUGGAAUGGUUAUUUGGGGACAUAGCCAACUAUUUCAAAUUCAUGGAUUUCAAAAAGAACUUGAAGAUCAAGUUGAGCAGUGUGGGUAAACUUUAUGUAGUAUCUGCUCUUCUAAGGAAUGCAUUAACAUGUUUGUAUGGAAAUCAAACCUCACAAUUUUUUGGCCUUGACCCUCCACACAUUCAGGAGUACUUUUCAUAAAAUAGGUGGUGGGAGGUGAUUCAUUUUUCAUUUUCUUCUUUUGAUUUGUAUUG